CGAUAGUUCAAAUCAGAGGUAAAGCCACCGAAACAAAAACCGAAAGAAAAAGAGUCCCCCGCUUCGAAAGCGAAAACGAGUAAAGAAAAAUCCAGGCAUCAGCAGAUUCGUAACGAAUUUUCCAUUAGAUUUAAGCAAAAUCUGCCGGAAUAACAACCGAAAAGGCGGCGACCGAUCUCGAUGUCUCCGCAAUUAGAUAAUGCUUAAGCUACCAAAGGGCCUAAAAAAAAAGAAGAAGUCGAAAAAGGAUCAGGAGCUCUUCACCGAGGAGGAGCUCGAGCAGUACAAGCGCGACCUCAAGGCGAAACAGGAGGCGGCGGCCAAUAAAUCGGACGCCGGCGAAUCCGACGGUGCCGCAUCAGAAGCUGAAACCAGUCACGAUCAUCACAACGAACAACAUCAUCAUCAGCAUCAUCAUCAGCAGCACUCACACCAAGUAGCCAGCAGUUCGGGAUCAGGAUUUGCUGGUCAAGAGGAGGAUCCACAUCAUCAUCAUCCCACUCAUUCUGGCGCCGCCGCCGCUGCUGCUGCUGCUGCCACCGGUGGCGACGAGGAAUGGGCCAAAUUCAAGGCACUAACCUCCGGCGUUGAUAGCAUCCUACAUAAGACCCAGGACGAGCUCGAUCGGAUUAAGAAGGAGUCCUUCUACCAGCGUCUACCCUCUGCCGCCGAAAAGAAGAAACAGGAGGAGGAGGAGGCCGCCCGCCGUGACCAGGAGCGUCUCGAGCGUGAACGUCAGCGUCUGGCCGAGAUCGAAGCGCAGCGUGACAAAUUAGCCGAGGCAGUGGUCCAACUAUCCGAAUCCGAGGACGAGCAUAUUGACGACGAGGCGGAUGAUAUCUUUGCCACCGAUUAUAUCGAGGCCAUUACCAGCGGUGAAUUACAAUUAGCCGUUGUACCCGAUUCACCAGUAUUUGCCCAGGACGACGGACCGGAUCCCUUUGAUACAGCCUAUGCGGAAAAGGUCAUCGUUGGUGCGGAUCGUUCCAAGGGCAAUAAGAAGCUUGUGAGUCUUGGGGCAGCCGUUGAGGUCCUUUCCGGACGCGUUGAUCGUGAACACGCCGUCGCCUUAGCGAAUCCCAAGCGGAAACUUCGCAAGGGUAUCCAGAAUCUUUUACUCAGCGAAAGUGUUGAGCUAGCCGAUCCGGAGGCGGAUCUCCUUGCCGGUGUUGAGCCGCAGCAGCACAAUCUCCUAGACGAUCUUGACGAGGAAUUGCCAGAAUCGUCGGCCCCGAUUGAUCUCAGUGUUUCGCUGCAUUUGCAUUUGAUAAAGCCCAAGCCCAAGGAGGAGGAGGACGACGACGAAGGAGAGGAGGAGCACCAGGGGGAAGGUGGAUUAGGACUUCAUCCGGAUCUAUCCGAAUUCGAUGCCCUCAAGGACGAGGAGGACGACGAGUUUGCUGAAUUAGCUGCCGAAUCGUUGACCAAAAAGGAGGAAGUGACCAUUGUAAGUCAAGUGCAUUUGCCUGCCGCAGAGUUACCAAGCGAGGCAAGUUGGGCGGAAUUUGAGGCAGAACCGGAACCGGAAACAGGUAAACCCAAGCGUCCACCGCCACCAGUACGUCCCGCCACAGGACCUCAUAUUGUACCCGGUGCCAUUUACGUUUCCGACGACGACGAGGAUCUAAAUCCCGACGACGAUCCCUUCAAUACCAACUACGCCGAGCAGGUGAUCAAGAAGACCACUGUCCUUGAGGAGGACGACGACUUUGAUCCGCGUGCCGAAGAGUCAGCUGGAGGUCUAGCUGCUCCCUCGCGGGAUCUCUUGGCCGGCAGUGCCACAGAUCUUAGUCAAGUGGUGCCCGCCCCAUUGGCUCCAACACUAAGUGUUGACCAGGAACCGGAGGAUUUUGAUCCCUUUGACACCUCAGCGGUGUCGGCCUUGGUGCAGCCCAAGGCCACAGAGUUGCGUUUCCUAGAGCGAGAGCUACUCAACGAGGCAGGCGGAGGAGGAGGAGGAGGAGGAAGUACAUUAAAACACUCCCUAAGUGAUCCGGAUUUUGAUCCACGCGCAGGUCAGGACGAACCACAGGUACAGGUGACCAAGGAGCACUUGCCACAGCCCGAGGACGUUGGUGCCUUUGACGCCGCUCGUCGCAAAUCCUCGCUGAGUUUAAACAUUCAGGCAAAGAGUGUAGGUUUCCUGGUACCGGCACCAGAUCUCCUUGGCGUUGGCAACGAACCGGGUGCCAAUAAGAAACCACUGACGCCCUAUUACGCUCCAGCGAGUAAACCCAUUGAGGAGCGGGAACGUGAAUCGGAGGAAGUAGAUCCCUUUGACACCUCCUACGUGCCAGAGGCAAAGCUCAGUGACAUCGAGUUAAAGCACAUUGAAAAGGAUUUGGAGCAGAGUCUGAGGCAUAGUCUUUCCGAUCCGGAUUUCAAUCCACGAGCACCGCCCACACCAGUGCCCGCAGAGGUUCUACUUGCGGUUGAGGAGAAUAUCAACAUCAAGGUCUUGACACCAGCACAGGAACGCAAGCAACUAACCAAACGCAGUGGUGGUGAUUCCAACGACGAAGAGGAUAUUGAUCCAUUUGAUACUUCAAUAGCUGCCAAUUUAAGGCCAGGAGAGACGGAACUAAAGCUGCUGGAGAACGAAUUGUUGCCGGAGACGCAACGGCAGGCGGUGACCGACGUCCUAGACGUUCAGAGUGACGCCCAGGAGUUGGGUUUGGGUGACAAGGUGCUAACACCUUCGACGCAAACACGUCCCCAGUUGCCCGCCCAAGAGGAUAUCGAUCCAUUUGAUACCUCCAUAGCAGAGAAUCUAGGGCCAGGAGAGACGGAGAUCAAGUUGCUGGAAAGUGAACUAAUAGAACGUUAGGAAGGUAGA